AUGGCCUUUGAAACACCUCCAAGAGUAUCUACACCAGAAGAAGCACAAAAGCAAAGGCUGGGCACCAUGACCGCUUUCAGCCCAAUUUCCUUGUCCCCUUUGGAUGCUGGAAAGGAAUAUUAUGGGACAUACAGCGAAACUGAGUCCCCAAACAAUAGCCACAGUAAUGAUUAUCCAGGAUUGAUUAGAGAUAAUGCGUUGGAAGUAUAUAUUUUGACUGCCUUUAUAAUUUCAACCUGCAUAUUUGGACUUUUGGGGAAUGGCGUUGUCAUCUGCCUGCUUGGCUUCUGCAUCAAGAGGAAUCAGUUCAGCACUUACAUCCUGAACCUCUCCAUUGCUGACUUUGGUUCGCUCACAGCUAACUUGUACACAUGCUGGAUUGGAUCACACUUGUACAAGCCCUUUCUGUGUAUACUAUUUGCCAAUGUCUUCCUGUUCAUGUACAAUGCUAGUCAAUGCCUACUGACAGCCAUCAGCAUCGACAGGUGCGUGUCUGUCCUCUUCCCAUUUUGGUACCGAUGGCACCGGCCAGCCCGUUUGUCCAGCGUUUUGUGUGCCUUAAUAUGGGGACUUUCUUUCCUUCUCAGUGCAAUUCACUUCACUCUGUACAUGGAUUAUACCAUACAAGCCAUCCAGUAUGCCAUGAAUGUCUUCCUUUUCCUCCCACUUAUGUCUGCCUCAACUCUGGUUCUGCUCACCAAUGUUUGCUCAAAAUUGCAACAGCGCAAGAGGGGAAAGCUUCUCAUAGUAAUCUUGCUUACUCUCCUCUUCAUCAUUUUUGCUUUUCCACUGAAUGCCUUUUACAUCACCAUUUAUAUUUUUAAUUCACAUCCUUCCUACAACAUACGUUAUGGCUUCCUCUGUGCCUCGUUGAACAGCAGCAUUAACCCUUUGAUCUAUUUCCUGGUUGGGAGGCAGAACAGAGAAAGACCUACAAAGUGUGUGAAAGCCAUACUCCAGAAUGUUUUCAUAGAAGAGGAAAACUCUACAGAGGAAGUGGAGAUCUCUGUUGAAACUCAGUUAUAA